CAUAUCAGCCUUCUGGACAGUUUUGUUGAUAAGUGGAAGCGGGCUAAACAUUAAUGGGGCAGACCUCUCUACGGCUGAGGUCGACUACGGCGACUUUAAGAACUGCUUCCGGCCUCCUUCUUCCUCUUUCCCUCUGCAUCGGGUUGCAGCCAUGGUGAACGUCCCGAAAACCCGCAGGACCUUCUGCAAGAAGUGCAAGAAGCACCAGCCCCACAAAGUUACCCAGUACAAGAAGGGGAAGGAUUCUCUUUAUGUACAGGGUAAGAGAAGAUACGACAGAAAGCAGAGUGGGUAUGGUGGUCAAUCUAAGCCGAUUUUCCGAAAAAAGGCUAAGACUACAAAGAAGAUUGUGUUGAGGCUCGAGUGUGUGGAGCCCAACUGCAGAUCCAAGAGAAUGCUGGCCAUCAAGAGAUGUAAGCACUUCGAGUUGGGUGGUGACAAGAAGAGAAAGGGCCAGGUCAUCCAGUUCUAAACUGUGGUCCAGUCUUAUGAAUGAAGUUGUCACUAUUUUCAAUAAAUGGAUCCAAACAUA